AUGGACGCUGCUUUCAAUGCCAACAAUACCAACAAUGCCAACAAUGCCACUUCCUCCUCUUCUACAGAGACAAACAACAAGAAACGAAACAACCAUCGUCGUCGCAAUAACAAAAAGACUGAAGAUGGUAAAAAGGCGCGUUCAAGUGCCGCAAAUUCGAAUGCCCAACAACUACCAUCGUCUGAAGAAGGGGGCAAGCAGCAGCAGCAGGAAAAGAAGCCAUUAAAGGGCUUCAAGAAGACUCCCAAGGAGGAUGAAGAGCAGAAAAACGAGGAUCCUGAUGGAGAGGUGUGCUUCAUCUGUACUCAUCCUAUCGACUACUAUGCCGUAGCUCCAUGCGAUCAUCGUACUUGUCAUAUGUGUACCUUGAGACUUCGAGUACUUUACAAGACAAAGAAUUGUGCCUACUGCAAGGCCGAAGCCAAAAAGGUCGUUUUCACCAAUGAUAGCGAAAAGCCGUAUGAGGACUACAAGCGAAAUGACACACCCUUCUACGACAAAAAGUACGGUAUUCGAUUCGAGACAGAAGAUAUGUACAAAGAGACCAUGGUGCUGCUUCAAUACAACUGCCCUGAACAAGACUGUGAGGAGGCAUUCGAGAGCUGGAACGAAUUGAAGCGUCAUGUCAAGCAAGCACACGAUAGAUCAUGCUGUGAUUUGUGUCUUCGCAACAAGAAAAUCUUUUCGCACGAACACACCCUUUAUACCCAAUCGCAAUUACAAAAACAUUACCGUGAAGGAGACGCUUCAUUCAACAAGGACGAUGAAACUGGAUUCACGGGCCAUCCAGAAUGUGUGUUUUGUAGGACACGUUUUUACGGUGCGGAUGAGUUGUUUGAACACUGCAGAGAUAAGCAUGAGAAAUGCCAUUUGUGUGAGCGAAAGGGCAUCCAGCAUCAAUACUACGCCAAUUAUGACAGUUUGGAGAAGCAUUUCAAGAAGGAUCACUUUUUGUGUCAGUACAAGGAAUGUUUGGACAACAAAUUUGUCGUGUUUGAUUCAGAUAUCGACCUCAAGGCACAUGAAGUCAAGGAGCACGGUAAUUCGCUGUCUCGUCAUCAAAGAGCAAAGCAAGCAGAAGCACGUCGUGUGGAUGUCAAUCUGAACUACGGCAACAGCAACAGCAGCCAACGUAAUAGCAAUCCCACCAGCCGACAGCAACGAAACUUUACAGCAGAGGAUUUCCCUGAUAUCAAUGGAUCUGUCUUGUCUUCAUUACCAUCCCAGAUGGCAUCUGCUAGUUUAUCAGAACAAGAGCAGUGGCCAACAUUAGGUGAUGAUACAUCGACCAGCGGAAGAGCCUCGCCUUCUGGAGGAGGAUCAGGAAGUGAGACGGAAUCAGGUAUCGUGUCUCGGCAUGCUGCUGCAUUGGAUCGCGUGGCAGAUAUUUUCAAGAACGUGGAAAAGGUCAUCAAGUUUCGUCAGGCCACCACUAAAUUCACAAGUCUAAGCAGUGAUGCGGAUGCCUAUGUCAAUACCAUUUUUGAACUAUGUGGCAAGGAUGCGGAACUUACGGCUAAGGUGUUGACAGGUGCCAAGGAUCUCAUUGACAAUCGUUCACUGAGAACCAACAUGAUUCAUACUUGGAACAAGAAGAAGAAUCCCAAUUCUUCGCUGGCCAAUUCAGAUGACACUGGCUCACCCCGUGUCUUGGUGGUGAAUCCUGCUUCCAAACAACAAAGAAAACAAGGUAUCGCCAACAAGAAGAAGCCAGGCGUGUGGGAUAAAGUAGCCUCUGCUGCCAUGGAUGCGGGUGGAUACAGCAACAGCAGCAGUAGCAGUAAUAUUUCAUUUCCACCUAUUCAGUCCAAAACACCCUGGAGCGGUACCUCCACACCACGAACACAUUCCAACAGCGAUUUACAACAACUAUUCCCUGCUUUGCCGUCCUCAACAGCUGGACCAUCGAGAAGAGCUGAAUUGGAUAAUUUGCUUAGAAAACCCAAUAGAAAUGCGUGGGGAGAUUCUUCUUCUGCCAUGGCAAGUGAAUCUGAACUCUCAUCAGAUAAUACCAACAACAACGAUAUGAAUAGAAAGAAGAAGGGAAAGAAGGGAAAGCAAGUUUUAUUUCGUGUUGGCUUGUAA